AUGCUCAACCUUUCAAAUAAAGUUGCCCUCAUAAUCGGUCUCGGCCAAACAGGCACCGAGGGCUGGGGAAUCGGUGCAGCAUGCGCCGUGACCUUGGCACGACAGGGAGCCAUCAUCUUUGGCGGAAACAGAACAGUCGCUUCAACUACAAAGACAAAAGAGACUAUUGAAGCAGAGGGUGGAAUAUGCGAUAUCGUCGCUACAGACGCUACAGACUCAGCUUCUGUAAAAGCGCUCGUUGAUGCGUGUAUGAAGAAGCAUGGACGGAUUGAUAUCCUUUUGACAAGCGUUGGACAAUCUCAACCUGGAGAUCCUGCUUCUAUGAGUGAAGACGUCUGGGACUCACAGAUGGACAUCAACCUCAAGAGCGUCUACCUGGCCUGCCACCACGUCCUCCCAAUAAUGGAAUCUCAAAAAAGCGGUUCAAUAAUCUGCAUCUCCAGCAUCGCAGGACUCCGAUACAUCGGCAAACCGCAAGUAGCCUACAACACGGCCAAAGCCGCAAUUCUCCAGUUCGUCAAAGCCACAGCGAUAAUCUACGCCUCCAAAGGCGUGCGCUUAAACGCCGUGGUGCCUGGGCUGAUGAACACGCCGUACACGCGGAGUCUGGCGGAGAGGUUUGGGAAGGGGUAUGAGGAGUUCUGCAGGACGAGGGAGGAGCAGGUUCCGAUGGGGAGGAUGGGGGAUGCGUGGGAUGUUGCGAGUGCGGUUGUGUUUUUGGCGGCUGAUGAGGCGAGAUAUGUCACUGGGCAGAAGAUUGUGGUUGAUGGGGGGAUAACGAGCUCGACGGGGAGGGCUUAG